GGAUUGGAUUUCUAUUCGGGUCGGGUUCGGUUCCGCAAUUUCCAUCUCUCUCUUUUCUUAUUCCUUCAUACAAAGGGAACGGCAAAAUCAGGAAUAGUAAUAAUCUGCCUUCCACAUUUGAAGCCCUUCGAAAGGAAAAAUUUGUUCCUGAUUGUUUUACCGCCAAAUCUUCGUUGAAAUCAUCGAGUUGUGUGAUAAAUUUGCAGGCGUAGAGAGAUUCGAGUUUUUUUUUUUUUUUUAUCACCUAGGACAGCAAUGCCGCCGUUUCUGUCAACCUCGAAGAUUCUUGAAUCAUUGAUUUCACGUAGAGGUGGUAUCAGACGUGCUAUCAGAUACGCAAGGUGUAAUGCCGAGCCGUGGAAGUAUCGAAACGUUCGACAUUUAAGGUGUAUUCCCGGUGUUGAGACUUUGUCGAUUCAUGGACUGUUCGAUCAGGAUCGUAAGGUGUUUUCCGAGAACUUUCGUGAUAUUAGUGCUGUACAAUCGAGGCGAUUUCUUGGGUGUGGAGACGGGGCAGAGACCGGCGUUUUGUCUAAAAUUUAUGAGGAGAGACGCGUAAUGGGGUAUUCGCCGGAGCAGUUAUUUGAUGUAGUUGCUGCUGUAGAUUUGUACCAUGAUUUUGUUCCUUGGUGCCAGCGGUCUGAAGUACUCAAAAAGUAUCCUGAUGGAUCGUUUGAUGCUGAACUGGAGAUUGGCUUUAAAUUCCUUGUGGAGAGUUACAUUUCACACGUAGAGAUGAACAGACCAAAAUCUAUAAAGUCCACAGUAUCUCGAAGUGCGCUUUUCGACCACUUGAUAAAUACUUGGGAGUUCAAUCCAGGACCAGUUCCAGGGACUUGCAACCUUUACUUUUUAGUAGAUUUCAAGUUCCAGUCACCACUUUAUCGACAGGUGGCUUCAGUGUUCUUUAAGGAGGUCGUCUCAAAACUCGUUGGUUCAUUUAACGAACGAUGCCGUUUGAUAUAUGGUCCAGGGGUUCCCGUCCUUGAAAAUUCAUAUAGCGAAAGAGCUUAAAUUUGUUGGAUUUUUCAUCAGAUGUAUCAUUUGAUCGAGAAGAUUUAAAGAGAGAAUCAACUUAAAAAUGACAGAAUCCUCAUAGAGAGCACAGAUAGGAUAGUAGUAGGAGAAGUAUUGAUAAAUUUGAUUGAUCAAUGGCCAUACCUUCCAAGUAACUUGCAGCUUGCCUAUUUUGCUGCUGCUCAUCAACGCACAUCUUAAUUAUUUCAAUGACUUCCCAUUUUCCA